UGCGCCUGUUUACUGAUGACGUUGAAGUGUGGUGGCUAGCUGCAGUGAACGGGAUGAAUCUCUGUCAUAUAACAACUUUUCAACGGAUAUAAUCAUUGGCUACCGACUCCAAUCAAGGGCAAGAUGUUGGAGUCUUAUGUCACACCGCUUCUGAUGAGCUACGUUAAUAAAUAUAUCAAGAACCUAAAGCCUUCUGACCUGCAACUUUCCCUUUGGGGAGGUGAUGUGGUGCUCAGCAAGUUGGACUUAAAGCUGGAUGUGCUGGAACAGGAGCUGAAGCUGCCGUUUACUUUUAUGAGUGGCCAUAUCCACGAACUGCGUAUCCAUGUUCCGUGGACCAAGCUGGGCUCAGAGCCUGUCGUCAUUACAAUCAACACAAUGGAAUGCAUCCUCAAGCUCAGAGAUGGAGAUCCGAACGACCAUGAGAGUGGCUCCAGCUCUACCAGUCGCACUGUCUCAGACAGCUCCAAGGCUGUAGCCAAGCCCCGACGCCUGCAACAGGCUGCCCCCAGCGACCCGGACCUGCCCCCAGGUUACGUGCAGAGUCUCAUCAGACGAGUGGUGAACAAUGUCAAUGUUGUGGUGAAUAACUUGAUUCUGAAAUACGUGGAAGAUGACAUCGUGUUGUCGGUCAACAUCACGUCAGCUGAAUGCUUCACAGUUGAUGAUAUAUGGGAGAGGGCCUUCAUGGACGUCACUGCUCCAGAACUGGUUCUGAGAAAAGUGAUCAACUUUGCUGACUGUACCGUGUGCUUGGACAAGAGGAACGCCAGUGGAAAGAUAGAGUUUUAUCAGGACCCGCUGCUCUACAAGUGCUCCUUCAGAACACGUCUACAUUUCAGCUACGACAACGUCAAUUCCAAGAUCCCAGCAGUUAUCAAAAUCCAGACCAUGGUGGAGACCCUUAAGUUGUCCAUUACUGAUCAACAGCUGCCAAUGUUUAUACGCAUCUUAGAGCUGAUCAUUGCCCUAUACUAUGGAGAAAUAGGAGGGCACAAAGAAGCAGAGCGAGAAGAGGGCAAUGGUCAAAACAAGGAGGCUUGUACAAGUCCAUCUGGCAUGGAGGUGGAUAAGGAAUCCCAGAGUCUGAAUUCGAGCCCCAAUCAAGAACACUACUCACAGCCACAGAGUUCUGAAGACAUGGACCAGGGUUGGGUGUCGUGGGCAUGGUCCUUCGUCCCAGCCAUUGUUGGUACGGAGGAAGACGGAGAUGAAGAAUUCUACCCACCAGGAGAGGGAGAGGGAACACUGAGCAGCCAUCUGCAGCAUACAACCAAGGACCCUGUCGUUUCCAUUGGCUUCUACUGCACAAAGGCUUCUGUUACUUUCAAGUUGACGGAGACCCAGUUAGAGAGCAGCUACUACAGUCCGCAGAAAGUCAAGUCUCAAGAAGUCCUGUGUUUGGAGCAAGAGGGCAUGACUAUUGAAGUUCUGAUGAUGGGGGAGCCAUUUUUUGACUGUCAGAUUGGCUUUGUCGGCUGCCGGGCUCUCUGCCUAAAAGGCAUCAUGGGAGUUCGUGACUUUGAAGAAAACAUGAACCGAUGUGAAGAGGAUGCUGUUUUCUUUACCUGUGGUGAUAGCCUCAGCAGCAAAGGAAUGACUUACCUCACAAACUCUCUUUUCGAUUACCGAAGUCCAGAGAACAACAAUGUCAGAGCUGAAUUUGUCUUGGAUGCUGCUACGCACAAGGAGACCUACACAGAGAUAGCAGGCCUGCAACGCUUUGGUGCUUUUUACAUGGAUUAUCUCUACACAAUGGAGAACAGCAGUGGCAAAGAUUCUCAAGAAUUGUCUUCUGCAGUAACAGAGCAGGUGACACCCACUCUGCAAGAGACAUCUAUCAAGAGACUGGUCAUCGGACCUCUGAACCUCAGAUUAAAUAGCAGUGCAGUCCAUCGGAUUCUCAAAAUGGUGACGUGUGCCAUGGACCACGAGUACGAGCCUUACAGCAAACCACAACGAGAGACCAUUGUGGAGAGCCAUGUUUCAGAUUCUUUAGAAGAGGUGGCACUCCUUGAAGAAUUCAUCCCGACCAGACUCACCUGUCUCACACUGCUCCAAGUCUCAAUCACUGUGUCAAUGGCAGAGUUCAAUCUCCUUCACACAAUAAUGCCCAUCAUUAUGGGAAAUAAGGCUGCUCCUGGAGCGGGCCACAUUGCAGGGUUUUCACCUGUACGGCCUCUACCCUCAGUUCAAUUCCAGCUGGAGAAGGUCAACAUUGAACAUACCGUACCCAUGUAUGCCCAGGAGCUGGUUGCCACUGUGAGCACUCUUAGCCAACCUUCUGACAACCUGCUACAUCACUGCUACUCGCACCUCUACCUCAAAGUUUUUGGGUUCCAAGCAAGCUUGACUUGUCUGGACAGCCAGUCCAGUUUUCUCCCACCGAUCGCCAUCAUGCCGUCCUUCAGCACUGCUCUGUAUGGGAAGCUCAUCCAGAUGCCAGAAUACUGGAUUCAGAGAUCCGCUGUGCCGACCACAGAGUUCAUUUUUGAGCUCCCACAUUUCACGCUACAGGCUACUAGGGCCCAGACUCUCGUGCUCCAAGCCAUCUGCCAGAGCUGGACCCUCCAAUGCAGCAAUGGAGCAGCAAUGACUUUCAGCGAAAGCCUCAUCAGCGAAGUGUUCAAAGCCCAAGGUGUGAAAUCUCCAGGCCCGUCACCAACUCUUGAGGGCUCGAUCCAAAACCUGGAGCUGAAGUACUGCAGCCGUGCUACGGUGAAAUGCGCCGCAGGAACCGUGGGAGCAGUAAAAGUGUGUGCCAGGACCCCAGGUUCGACUGAAGGUGUUAAGGAGAAGCUGGUUCCUCUCAUCCAAGGCCCAUCUGACACGAAAGAACUUCACACAAGCCGAUGGCUGAACGAGAUCCGUAAACCAGAGUCUCUUCUUGCUCCUGACCUGAUGGCGUUUUCGGUUCAGGUCCCUCAGCUCGGUGAUUGCAGGAAUUCAGGCGCCGUCUUACUGAUCAGCAUCAAAGGCAUUGCUAUCAACGUGGAUCCAAUCUUCUGCACAUGGCUGCUUUAUCAGCCGCAUAGAGGGAGCAGCAGGCAGCAGCAACAGACUCCAGGUUCAGUUCCCUUGGCAAAAAGAAGAGAGGAUGAGGUUUCUGUAGGAAGCACUCCAUUGGUCCAGCAGCCAUCCAAUCAAGCUUCAGACUAUGCCAGCAGUCCUGUCAAAACAAAGACUGUUACAGAGUCACGUCCUCUUUCCAUACCAAUGAAAGUGAUGCCUGAGAGUGCCCCGGAGGAGUCUUUGAUAACAUCAGAGGAGAGGAUGAAGGAGCUCAUUGCUAACGUCUGGGAUGCUGUCAAACGCCUCACUGUACAGCUGGAGUUGCAGCCAUGCUGUGUGUUUCUACCCAACAACAGCCUUCCAUCCCCGAGCACCAUUGUCAGUGGGGACAUUCCUGGUACUGUGCGCAGCUGGUACCACAACCAAAAGUCCAUGCCUGGAACUCUGGUGGUGUGUUUGCCACAGAUCAGUGUCAUCAGUGCCGGGCACAAGUACAUGGAGCCACUACAGGAACUCCCAUUUGUAGUCUCCAAGCCCAUUUUUGAGGAAGGUGGCGCCUUUCCCUGGACUAUUAGUCUCAACCAGUUCAGUGUGUACACUCUACUGGGCCAGCAGCGCAGCCUCAGCUUGCUGGUGCCAAUGGGUUGCACAUCGACUCUCGCCGUCACCUCCCAUAAGAUGCACAGCUCUUUUGUGGUCUGCCUCCAUGUGGAUCUUCAGCCAGUUUUGGUCAAGUUCUCCAACCCCCAGGUUCAACUGUUGUAUGAGCUGAUGCUCAGCUGGAGCUCCACUUGGUCUCGUCUCCAGAAACACGGCAUCCUGCGUCAGACUUCGAACAUACCAGAGCCCCCUGCUGGUGUGGUGCCCUGCUCUCCAGUUCGCAGCAGUGCUGGCACUGCCCUGCCAGACACCAGCACUUACAGCCCUUCAGCAGAUAUUGGUUCUCCAACUGAGGGUGAUUCUGUACCAGCUGCAGACGAUGGUCCUUUUGCUGACACAGUAACGCUUGAGCAACAAACCAGCAGUAUUGGAGGCACCAGUGGGAAAGUCAGCCUCUGGAUGCAGUGGAUGUUACCUAAAGUUACCGUGAAGCUGUUUACUUUGGAUUCAAAUUCCAAAAACACAGAAAUCUGCGUCAUCAGUGAACUGGAGGAUCUGAGCGCCUCGGUCGAUGUCCAGGAUGUUUACACUAAAAUCAAGUGUAAAGUUGGCAGCUUCAAUAUCGACCACUUCAGAUGCAGUCUGGAUGAGGGUCUUCGGCGCUCAGGCAGCUGCGGAGGAGUGGUCCUCUCUUGCACUGACAAGCUUAACAGACGCACUCUGUUGGUUCGACCCGUCAGCAAGCAAGAAUCUUUCAGCCACUUUUCUGGGUUUUUCCCGCCUACGGCCGCCAAAGUCCUGGAGGGCUCCCACCAGCAACAUGGUUUCCUUUCCAUUACAUAUACGCAAGCUAUAACUAAAAACGUCCGACACAAGCUAACCAGCCGGCCAUCACGCAGCAGCACAACCACAGCCAGUCAGCAGUUAGCCCCUGACCUGCUGGCAGACAGCUCCCCUCAGUACUUGAGGGAAAUCCUGUUGACUGCUCAGCCCUUCGAUGUGGUUCUAGUGUGUCCCUUGCUGGCCAAUGUGGCGGGAGUGUUUCAGACAAAAGUGCCGAGGCGCUUCAGAGAGCGUGGGAAAUCCACCGGCCAGCCCAUGAGAAGCCACACACUAUCCUCCCGCUCUCUGCCACUCAUUUACAUCAACACCAGUGUGAUCAGGCUGUUUUGCCCUGGAUCAGACAAGCAUUUAGCCGCAGAUGCACAUGUGAAAAGAGAAGACACUUUGGUCUUGAAGUUGGGCUCACUCAGCAUGGCUCCUCAGGCUGAUAACCCUCUGACACGCACUGUCCUGCGGAAAGACAUCUACCAGCGCGCAUUGAACCUUGGAAUCCUCCGUGACCCGGGUUCAGAGGUGGAAGACCGUCAGUACCAGGUGGACCUUCAGUCUAUUAACAUUGGAACCGCCCAGUGGGAGCAACUUAAGCCAGAAAAGGAAAGCACUAAAGGAGGAGCUUCAGCAGAGAGUGAGAGGAGUUCCCAGAAUCCAGCUCUUGAAUGGAACAUGGCCAGUAGUAUCCGGAGGCAGCAGGAGCGUCGUGCAAUCCUGACUCCAAUUGUGACUGACUUCUCUGUACGAGUGACUGCUGCCCCAGCCAUCAUCUACAGCAAGAGUCUGUCCCCAGAGAGUGGACAAACGGAGGAUGUGAUUGUGUGUGGUCACUCCCUGGAGGUCAACGUGACCAGCAGUCUUGACUUCUACCUCAGUGUUGCACAGGUGCAGCUCCUUCAGCAACUUCUCAGAGACAACGUGAUGGGCUCAGACCUUCCUGAAAAGAGCACAGAGGUCUGGCGACAUGAGCACAAGGGUGGGACUAAAGACCCAGCAGCAGCCAUCGAAUAUUCGUCGCUUCACAGCGGAACUGGACAAGACAGUGGUUUCGGUAGCGACAGCGCUCACAUCCGCAUUGUCCAAAUCGAGCAGCAGAGUGGGGCAAGUCACCACUGCAUCGCAAGACCCUCACACAAGUCCACCAUUACCAAGAACCUCAGUUUCAUCCCCUUCGACAUCUUUCUGACGGCCAGCAGGCUCUCUGUCAUGGCGUACGACUGCUCCGGACCCACCAAGGCCUGUCCAUCAAAAUCAUCCGAGAUUCCCGUGCACCAGGAAAAGAAGGAAAGUCUGGAAAAGAUGGGGAAAAGUGCCCUAAAUCAACCGGAUGUCGUGUCAGAUUCCCCACCAAUAUCAGCCUCACAGUCUCCUGAGCCUGCGCCACUUGGCCCGUCAACACUCGCGGGCCUGACAGCGGAAGAUAUCCUUAACAGCAACAACUCGAAGCCCAACUCUGCACAGAUGAGAGGAAGUCUUCUUUCCCUGGAAAGCUUGCCCACACCCAGCCGCUCAUCAGCCCGCCAGGCACUUGGCGUGACGAUAGUCAGGCAGCCUGGAAGACGAGGGCCUGGCGACCAGGUGUUGGAACCGCUGCUGUACCUCCAAGUGAUGCAGCCUUCUGCUCUGCUCAGUUGCCACCAUCGCAAGCAGAAAAUGGAGCUGUCCGUGUUUGAUGUGGCCUUGCGAGGGGUUACAUCAGACUAUAAGUGCCUCGACCAAGGGAAAACUCUCCCAGAGUCCUUGGAUUACAGUGUAUUUUGGCUGCAAACAGCAGCAGGCGAGGUCGACAGUAAAACUGGCAUCCCUCCACCUUUGCUCUGUCUUCAGAUCAAAGAUUUUCUUAACGGGUCAGCUGAGCUGAAUUUGGAGCUCUCUCGUCCUCUGAAAAUCAACCCCACUCUGGAGAAACUUGAGCAGGCCAAAGCCUACUUGAAUAAAGUACUACCAAAGUACAGCUGUGAAGGCUCUAGCAGAAUAACAUCUUCAGCUUCCACUCCACGCACCUCUCCCAAAAAGAUGCCGUCUGUAGACUUCACUCCACAUCCGGACCACCACUAUGUCACGAGCUUGGAGGGAGCAAAUGUCAUCAAUACUUUGGCUCCUUUGUUCCACAAGAUCUCCAUUCAAACAGCACAGAUUGUCAUUAUCAUGGAAACCGAAUCACAUCCAAUGAAACCCAGUGUUACUGUAGCGAUGUCAGCCAUGACAGGAAGUCUCAACAUAAAGCCUGGACCAAGAAUAGAUGAUGCAGUGCAGUCAGCGUCCUUACUGCUGGACUUACACGAUGUGCUGGUGAAGACGGGACUGAAGGACCGGAGUCAUCUCCUUCUGGGGCCCUUCUCUGGAGCCAUUUCUCUAGAGGCUCGAUGGUGUCGCCACAGUGGCAGCGCUGGGCUGGAGCCAGGAACCCCCAAACUCCUAUUGGACCUUAAAGGAGGCUUGCUGCAGCUGUUUUGGGGUCAGGAACAUCUCAACUGUCUCAAGCUGGUGGAAGAGCACCUCAGAGCAUAUUGCAGUCACCAUGCUGCAGACCCAGCUGCCAGUUCUUCCAAAGGAAAGGCCUGUGAUACCCAGCCUCCUCCAUCUCCUGCAACUCCCUGCCCGAGGACCGAGCAUAGCUCCGAUGACCUCAGGACCGGCCACUUCCAGUACAUCCAGGAGUCAGCUUCUCGGAAACAGCCAGGACCCUAUGAGGUGGUCUUCCUUGGGGAGACCGAUGAUAGCCCAGGAGUAAUGGUGUGGAGGUACCCUGAGCCUCGAGUCUUAACCUUUGUCAGGAUCACCCCUGUACCCUUCAACACCACAGAGGACCCUGAAAUCAGCACGGCGGACCUGGGUGACGCCUUACAGGUACCAUGUAGCCUUGAAUACUGGGACGAGCUCCAGCAAGCUUUUGUUCCAUAUCGGGAAUUCAGCCUGUCAGAGAGCAGUACUUGCCAACUGCAACUGCCCAGCGUCAGCCUCACUGACCAGCAGAAGGAGCUGGUCGCAUCCGACCUGUGGAGGAUUGUGCUCAACAGCAACAGUGAUGGGGGCGACGAACAGAGUUUAGACAGUGACUGUGGAUCUCAGUUACCCUGUGACCAACUAGUGUCGCCAAUGGCUUUAGCUGCCUGCACCAGAGUGGACUCCUGUUUUGCACCGUGGUUCGUCACAUCCCUGGGCGUGUCCCUGCAACUGGCCCGCUUGCAAAUCCACCUGUGUCACCACCUGGAGCAGCUGGGUUCAGUUCCUGCUCAACGUCUUCGACCGUUCCUACCUGACAGGAAGUUACCUCAGAAGCACGAGUUCAUGGUCAUCGGUGCCCAGGAUCCCCAGAUAUUCCUGCGGCAGUGGAACAAUGGACCACAUCACUGUCAAGAGUUCACUUUCUCCACACAGCUGGGCUGCAAACUUCUAGAGUAUCGAAACCUCACGCACCUUCGGCUCCUUCAGCCUUGCACGAUUCAGGGUCAAGCCACCACAACUUUCGGCCCACAAACCACUGUGUUGGACGCAAAUGUGUUGGUGGAUCCAGUUCUCCUCAGUGUCAGUCAGUAUGCCAUCCACACCCUGGACACAGCCCUUCAGAGCUGGCAACAGAAUGGAAAUUCACAAGAAGAGGAGCUGCUCUACAGCCAUUACGCGAUCUGUAACGACACCAAUGAGACUCUUCGCUUCGGCCAGGUGGACACGGACGAAAAUGUGCUGCUGGCAAGCCUGCACAGCCACCAGUACAGCUGGAGGUCCCACAAGUCUGCUCAGCUGCUCCACAUCUGCAUAGAAGGCUGGGGAAACUGGCGCUGGUCAGAGGCCUUCAGCGUGGACAAUGUGGGGACCCUGCUGAGGACCAUCGAGUACAAGGGACGCACCGCCUCACUGAUCAUCAAAGUCGUGCAGCUCAACGGGGUCCAGAAACAGGUUAUUAUCUGCGGGCGACAGAUGAUGUGCAGUUACCUGGCUCAGGACAUCGAACUGAGGGUGGUCCAGCACUACGUGGGUCCUGACGGUCAGACCGUGGUCAGGGAGCAUUGCGAUUGCUUGGAGGCCGGCGCAAAGUUGCCCUCUUAUGUGCUGGAAGAUGCUGAGAUGACAGAGCUGUGUGUGAAGGCCAAAGGAGAUGAAGACUGGUCCCAGGACGUACAGCUGGAGAGGAGAGACAAGAGUGCCAACAGCUCGGUCGUCCAGGUGCCUUGUUCCAGUGGCUCGCUGCUCUAUGUGUGGUGCACCUUGCUCACCAUCGCCCCUGACUCUCACAUGCAGCAGAGAGUGGUCAUUUUCAGUCCGCUCUUUGUCAUGAGGAGCCACCUGACUGAUCCAGUCAUCGUACACAUAGAGAAGAGAAGUCUAGGCCUGAGAGAGAGCCAGCUGAUCACAGGCCAGGGGCAGCUGGACCCUCUGCUGAACACUGAAGCCGACCUCACCCAUCACCUCACCUUCCAGGCCAGGGAGGAGGAAGACGCGUCACACUGUGCUGUUCCCAUCUCAACAAGCCUCAUCAAGCAGAUAGUCAACAAGACCUGGAGCGAGGAAAAGCUCGAGCACAUCCUGGCUGAUUUCUAUGGACCCAAGUCCUCCUCUGAUCACCCCUGGCCUUACAUCGCCAAAGAAUCUGACAGGUCAGCGGUGGGGGGUCUUGCCCAGUGGGACAGCCCCAUGCAGGUGAAGUUGUCCUGCUGGAAGUUGGGCCUGAACACCCUGCUGGUGGAGCUUCUGCCCUGGGCCCUGCUGGCCAACCACUCCCAGUGGGAUCUGUGGCUCUUCGAGGGAGAAAACAUCGUGCUGCAGAUACCAGCCGGCAAAGUCAUUGUCCCGCCCAACUUCAAGGAAGCCUUUCAGAUCGGCCUGUACUGGGCACAAACCAAUACUGUCCACAAGUCCACUGCACUCAAGCUAGUCCAUGACCUGACCUCUCCAAGAUGGAAGGAGGAUGCAGGUGCUGAGGUGGUCACCCUGGAUGAAGAAGGAUAUGUGGAUGCUGACAUCACGUUGGGAGCCUUCCCUGGACCCCAGAAGCUGUGUCAGUUCUGCGUGUCGUCCUCGGUGAGACAUGGAAUCCAGAUCUUACAGAUCGAGGACCGGACCAUCCUCAUCAACAACAGUCCGUAUUCGAUUCAGUGCAGGCCGGUGCUGAGCUACAGCACGCUGGGCUCUGAUGAGCAGCCCUGUGACAUUCCAGCGACGUCCUUCUUCUCUCUGGCUCCGUCAGAUGUUUCCUCCCCCGCUGUGCCCUGCUCCGUGCCCUUCUGGGAUCUUCUCCAAAGUGAGGACCAAGAGAAGCAGGUGCUGCCUCUGCCACUAAAGCACAUGCUCUUCAGUUGUGUGCUGAAGUCCGAUGCCACAGCUGGAUCUGCAGCCUGGAGCCUCCCCGCUCCGGUCAGACCAGACUUCCCCAGGCAGAGUGUGUCGAUGCCCGGGGAAACCGACUCGGGAGGUGGCCUGAACAGCAGAGCCGUCGUGCUAACAUAUCAGGAGCACCUCGGGGUGACGUACAUCACUCUGAAUGAAGACCCCUGUCCUCGCAUGUUGGUCCAUAACAAAUGUCCCGUCUCCCUCGUGAUGAAGGAGAAUGUCAGAGAAACCCCCAGGACGGAACUCUUCUGUGUCUCUCUGCCUGCUAACUGCUCGCAGCACCACGAACUCUACCACCACUUCUCCAGCUUUCCUGACUGUAAGCAGGGAGAGUUGCUUCCCACUCUGCAGCUGAAGACCAGCACCAACCAGAGCACCUCGGACUGGACCGACCUGGUUGACAUCAACUCUCCAGGAACACAGGUGGUCUUCCUACCGGGCUUCGGCUGUCUCUACCUGGACGUCGUCUUUGAAGGAGGAACGCUGGUCCUGACUCUGUCACCAGAGGGCAGCACUGACGCAGUCAUCGCCAACAAAUCCACAAAGCUCUCGGUGACCGUCCUCCUGAGCGAAGCCAGUGUGGCGCUGAACGAUGACAUCACCAGCCCUGCUGGUUCUGUGGAGCUGCUGAGGCUAACACUGACCAAAGUUCUGCUCAGCCUGGCUCCAUCUCCCUCCACUCAGCUGCCGGAGUCACCCACCGACCCAGAAUCAGGAGCGGCCUCCCUCGGCGCUCUGAUGCCCUCCGGCUCCCUGGUGGAGCUCCACUGCUCCUCCCUGCAAGUGGACAACCAGCUGUACAACCGGGCCAGCUUCCACUUCCCUGUGCUGCUGUGUCAGGAGCAGAGAGUCGACCCAGGAAGUUUAUGGAGCAGCAGUGAGAAUCCGCUGUGCUCUCCAGAGCUGCUGGAGGCGUUCAAACGCUCCUGUUUCCUUCAGCUGAGGAUGAGUGUGGCUGAGGACAGGUGCUCCGUGGAGGAGGUGAGUCUCCAGCUGCAGCCUGCUCGAGUCUACCUGGAAGACACCUUUGUUUACUACGUCAAGACUCUGUUCCACACCUACAUCCCGGAGUCAGCCAUGGUCUCGGGCUCAGCACAGGUCAGAGAGACCACGGCUGCAGCCACCGUGCCUGAGCAGGUGCUCCAGUCGGUGCAGGCGUUGGUUCACCCCGUACGUCUGCAGAGACUCGUCAUCCAGCCAGUCAACCUGCUGGUCAGCAUUCAUGCGUCCCUGAAGCUCUACAUCGCCUCCGACCACACCCCACUGGCCUUCUCCCUGUUCGAGCGGGGUCCCGUGUGCACCACCGGCCGCCAGUUGGUCCACGCUCUGGUCAUGCACUACGCUGCCGGAACCCUCUUCAGAGCCGGAUGGGUGGUGGGCUCCUUGGAGAUCCUGGGUAGCCCUGCCAGCCUUGUGCGCAGCAUCGGCAAUGGUGUGUCCGACUUCUUCCGACUGCCCUACGAGGGCCUGACGCGAGGCCCCGGAGCCUUUGUGAGCGGAGUCUCCAGGGGGACCACCUCCUUCGUCAAACACAUCUCAAAAGGAACCCUGACAUCCAUCACCAACCUGGCCACCAGUCUGGCCCGGAACAUGGACCGCCUGUCUCUGGAUGAGGAGCACUACAACCGGCAGGAAGAAUGGAGACGCCAGCUCCCGGAGAGUCUGGGUGACGGGCUGAGGCAGGGGCUGUCCCGCCUGGGCAUCAGCCUGCUAGGAGCUAUUGCGGGGAUCGUGGACCAGCCCAUGCAGAACUUCCAGAGGAACUGGGAGGUUCAGAGCUCAGCUGGAAGCAAAGCCAAAGGGGUGAUCUCAGGUGUGGGCAAAGGCAUUGUGGGGGUCUUCACGAAGCCCAUCGGUGGUGCUGCAGAGCUGGUUUCUCAGACUGGAUAUGGGAUCCUCCAUGGAGCCGGCCUCUGGCAGCUUCCCAAACAACUCUACCUGCCUACGGACGAGAAGUGCGCACUGGCACCCAACAGCCACUUGAAAUAUGUCUGGAAAAUGCUGCAGUCUCUGGGGCGGCCCGAGCUCCACAUGGCCCUGGAGGUGACCAUCGUGAGUGCGUCCGGGCAGGAGCACGCCGGCUGCCUGCUGCUGACCUCCGAGGUGCUGUUUGUGGUCAGCCUGAGUGAGGACACGCAGCAGCAGGCCUUCCCCAUCACCGAGGUGGAGUGUCAGCAGGCGGCAGGACGUCAGGAUGAGCUCACGCUCAUCUUACACCAGCAGACGGUCACCAGUGACACCGAGGGCGACGGUGUGCGUGAGCGGCUGUCGGAGCAGCAGUACCAGCGCCUGGUGGACUACGUGACUCGAGCCUGCCAGUUCCUGUCUCCAUCUCCCGCGUCCCUCCAGCAGCAGGCGCCGGUGACGCUCGCGGAGCCGCCGCCGUCCGUCACCAAGUCUUACCGCUACCUGGUGGAACCCGCCUUUGCCAAAGUCUUCGUCAGCAAGUUCCUCAUGGUGAAGGACAAAGCCUUGCGCGUGGGCUUCCACUGACAUCACAUUUCAAAGUCUUACUUUGUUCCGCCUUAAAUAUAUAUUUGUAUAAACUGCUCAGCGAACUCAAUGAAGACACUGAUGGCAGUUCAAGUGCAAUAUUGACCCAGGGAUUUGAGGAGCAGAGUUGCUUGUUUAUAUUGUUGUCAACAUUAUUUUUGUAUUGAUCCAAUAGAUCAAGUCUAAACCCUCAACAUGGACAAAACCAUUUAAAUAAAACAGAAUCUUUGUCAUCAUUGUGUUGGCUUUAUAGAUGACAGAGUGAGUCAGCUCCUCCUCAGUGAGCCUCCUGCAAGCAAGCAGGAGGGCAAACUGCCCGUGGGCUAGCGCUUGCUGGAUCUGGACGAGCGGGUCGAGAUCUGCUGCCGGCCACGUUUACUUCCUGUAGACUUCCCACUGCACACAGACA